UAUUUCAAUCAGCGCUGACUGAUGACAUGGGUACAGUCAGCUAUCGGUACCCAUACCGGUAGCCUUCUGUGGGAAAGAUGAUGAACAACAACGGCAAUAACAGGGUCGUCAAUGCAAGCAUAAGGGCGGAAGAUACUCCCAAAGAAGCUGAUGUGCAUUCACAGCUCAAAGAACAGGCUUCCCAGGUUGAUGGGUCGGCCCAUGGUCUGGGGAUCCUCUGCGAUUCCGAGGCCGACGACCAAAACACCGUGAAGCCAGAACUUGAUGAAGCCGUGGGAAACUUGGGAAAAAACGAGUCUAAAGAAUGCUCUGAUGCGGAAGAAGGAGAAGCAGUUAAAUCAGAUGCUUUAUCCAAGUCUUUGCUUGAAGAAAAGGUGUCAGCUGAGGAAGAAGAAACCGGUCUAACAGCUGCUGCAUCAGACCCAAAGUCACUAGAUGUUGAGGCGGCAAUAGUGCCCGAAGACGAAGGAAAUGCCUUACUGAGCCAAUCUCGAAAGGAUGCCGCUGGCAAGAAGGAAUGCAAGAGAGGCCCGGAACGAAUCGACAAGAACUUGGGCGUGGAUGAGCAGGAUUAUGUUGAUAGUUUCAAAAAUCGGGAAGGGGAGAGAGAGCAAGUUCUGAACGAAGACAUCUAUAGCGUGAUUUAUACAGCUGACGCAAGGAGUCAAGCCUUCUGUUUUGCAAUGUUUGUUUUUGUGGUGCAGCUAUCGGUGAUUUGGCUGAUCUUCUUUGAUUUACUGGACACACAUUCCGACAACAACAAGAUUAGUUUGCCUCCUGGAGUCCCCAUCAUGGUCAAUUUGGCGCAAGCAAUUGGUGUCCUUUUGAUUGUGUUUACGGUGGCGGUUUACGGUGACUUGACAACUGGACUCGCGAGAUUGAUUGACGGCUACGACUCGGAUGUCCUCUUCAAGCACCCUGAUGCCCAUUGCACGAAAUGGUUUCUGUCUGGUUUAUUCCAAAUGACGGUCGGGGCAUCAAUGACAAUGGUCUUGUUCGUUCUGCUGAUGCAGAGUACCACAGUGAUUGGCAUGUGUCUCAACUUUGCUGCCCUUCACUUCGUUCAAGAGAUCGACGACCUAAGCUUUGCACUUGGCCAAAAAGGAUUCCUGACCAGGUCCAUCCAAAAGGACUGCGAUCACGUAUCACAAUUAACAGUCCCUAAAGGUCGAAGACGAGUUAGGAAGAGGGCGAGACGAAUCUUUACAGCUGCUCUCACAGUUGCGCUGUACAUACCGUAUUUUGUGCUGGUUUCGCGCCAAUGGCGUGGGGAUUAUGUCUGCCGAAACCUUUACGUCCAGUUUGGAGAUGCGUAUCUGCCGGAGCUCGCGUAUUUCUCUGGAAGAUACACGAUUGCCAGUGUGGACUUAGUGAACAGUGUUCGGACAAGGACGGAGUUCCGACCAGUGUACUUCGAUUCCUCUGAACAGUUGCGGCUAGCAUAUUGUGGCCAAGAGUCUGCGUGGGUCUUCUCUCUUCGAAAUGCUACUGAUCACUGUGACUUCAUUGUCAAGAGCUCUCCGACGACGGCGUUCGACGUGGCGAGUUUGAAGGGUAGCACUUGGUACUCAUACAACUAUGAAACCGAAAAUGUGGUUCCAGCCGAUUGGUUUUUCAUUGGUUGCAACGACUGCGUUAGAGAUGAAACUCAGUGUACCGACGAUGCAGGGAUAUGCCUUAACACCGGGGCUUGCGUCUGUCAUCCCGGACGCAUGGGCAUCAACUGCCAGUUUCCAGACCCCACUUGCGACACCCUUACUUUGGACGCACGAACUGAUCCGCUGCCUUUGGAGGAGGGCGUGACCUUUCCUGAAAGCUAUGGACUUUACAGACUACCAGGCGAAAAGGAAAAGGUGUUCGAGUUGAACAAUCACCCAGCUUACCUUUCAAAGUUCCAAAAGGCUGGGGUCAAAAAUACCACCGACUUUAUGUUCUUUACUGGCAGACGGUGGGUCAUUUUUUCAGCACGUCAACCAGGCGAGACAAUACCCGAAAGUACUUCCUCGUCUCAAACCCAUCCUGCACUUCCAAACCGCUACGCUGAAAUGUUGAUUGCGAAACUCUUCGAACGUAUUCCGAAUGAGACCCACUCUAUCGAAAACGCAGACGAGUUCGUCUGGUAUUACCGACCCUACUUUUUCAGUGAACCUGUCGAUUUUGGAACGCCAUCCGACGUUCUGGAACCACUUGGUUUGAAUUGGUUCAGGGCCGUUCAUCAACAUCAUGGUCUCGGUUUUGAUGGCUGGGUGACUGACGAAAGUCAGCCCCUCCAAACCAACUUUAUAUGCGCGGAAUGCAACGAUAGGACGAACCCGUGUUACAACGACUUUCAAUGUGAGAACUCGACAGAAACCUGCCUCUGCGAUGAAUUCUACCAGGGAGCUUUAUGUGAGCAUCCUCUUCGCUGCGACCAACAACCAUGCCAUAACAAUGGGACGUGUGACGCCUGGAAAGGUUAUUGCGAAUGUCCAAGUCCAUUCUAUGGAAGUUUGUGUCAGUACAAGCCCUUGUUCUUGCCUUUGACAUGAAAAAUGCGAAGGUCUUUGCAAUUUGCGGUGAGAGUUUGGGAUCACUUGUACCAUGGGCGCAAAAGCUAGCUUCUUCUAACUUGGCGAAUGUGGAGCAACUAUAUCUCAUAGUCAUGGACUACGUUCUUAUUCUGGAAUCGAUUUAUCUGCAUCUGACAUACCCCAGAGACUUUCAUUCGUUGUUGUGUAAUAAAUAAUGUACUCGCAAUGCGCAGAGCAACCAGAGGCGGCCUUCGUUCACAAGCUCAACUCCAGUCAGGGUAACCCCAAUGAAAAUAGAAUACCCUCCAGCAUUAUGGACUCCAUCGGUCUCCACUCUUUGAAAUUUGAUGCAUUUGCUAACCUAAACAUUGUGAGUGUGACCAGGUCCAGGCGCCGCAGCUGCCACGGGAGGAACACCUGGCUGUGCCUGCUGUGCCCAAAACUGCAUGGGGUUGAAAGCCACCAUCCCAGGAGCUCCAGGAACAGGAACUGGUGCGGGCUGGGGUGCCACCACUGGCAUGGCCGGUGCAACUGCUACAGCCGCAUGAAUGGAAGCGUUUGGAUCAGUACCUGCAUGAGGAUCAGAAGCAGCGGCACCUUGCAUGAUGGCCUGGAGCAUAGCAUUAGAUCAAUUCAAAGGAAAAGCUGUUCAAGCAUAUAUCAAAUACUCAUCGGGUUACACACCUGUAGAGGCACAAUGCUUGGGUAUUUGCUUCCAAUUUCCAUUAGCUGUCGCCUCAACUGCUCAUUGCGAUCAUUCAAUCCUUUGUUUUCCCUUGAGAGCGUGAUCACAGUGCGCUGCAGCUCUUCAAUCAUCGUCUUCUUCCUCUUCCGAGAUUCCCUCGCAGACACCCGGUUUUGCUCCAGCCUUUCGCGUCGCUUACGAUUCUUCGUCUCCUCGUCAUCAUUCUGGUCUUCAGCUGUCUCAUCGACUACUGCGUUGGCUUCAGCUGUCAUUGUCCUGCUUCUUUCCAAGGUCUGAUGUGAUGAAAUGUAUGCUUGACCUGAUGCUUUCUUACGCUUUGGCCUCUCCUUCCGCCUGUGAUAUCACUGUGACGACGUGGUCUCUUUUGUGGCUUCGUUGUUGAGGUUUGCUGUGAUGCCGUGAGCCUUGUGGGUGCACGAAGAUUAACGAACACAAGGACAUUUGCGCGACACCUACCGGACAGUUUAGAAGGUUGCUUCCACGGCGUGGGUUUACCUAAACCGGUACCUGGUACCGUGGUAGCGCCGAAAGAACGGCGAGCGCAAUGCAUCAAGCAGCAAGCAAAUCACUUCUGACAUUGGAAGCCUGGGAUAGGGGAUACAGCGUAGUCUACUAGCUAGCUAGCUAGUCGUAUGGGUAACAUGAUAUAUUCAUUGAUUCAAAGUUACCGCGUUAUCGGUCGUGCAGCGAGCGACAUAUCCACUCGCACAGCUGGAAGCAAAAAAACAUGCAAUAGCUGCCUAAUUCAACAAUGCUUUUGUUUCUCUUGUCUUUUUGGGAGUUUUCACCCCUUCCUCGUUCCAUAGCUUGCGUUUCACAAUGCGAAUCUUGAACUCUGUUUUCUCCACUCCCAACUUUUUACCAGUCGACCCAAUUGAUCGCUUGCCAUUGGAACCAGUUGUUGUGGUGGGAGUACGGGUAGCACUUCCAUGAACACAAGCGUGGAAACGUUUGCAGAAGGGAUGAAAGGUUGCUCCUUCUCCACAGGCUUGACAGCUUUGCAUGCAAUCGGCACAAAAGGUCGGACAUCCGGCAUUGUUGCUGCCGGUAGCACACAGCAUGCAAUGGACUUUCUGGGCACAGUCUUGACACAUGAGCGUUGUGCAGCCUUCGCAUUGAUAGUCAUGCUCCUCUCGUAAAUGUAUCGUUUGGAAGCAUACUUCACAUUUUCGUUCAAAGUAGCGGUGGAAGAUAUUAUCGUCAAGAGGCGUCAUGGCUGACGGAAACCGCUUUGCUGACAGCAAUGGGCUACAAUCCAUUUUAUGCGUGGCAGAGGAAAGGCAGCUACCGAGCUCUUCCAUUUAUACGACAGUAGUAAGAAAUUUCCUGGAAACAAUGGGAGUGUCAAAAGUAUAUGAAAGGAAUCGGAGAGUGGCGAUGAAAAUGCCAUUUGGUCUGCGCAUCUUCUUCCCUUCAAAACCUCUGAAACUUCCUCUUCCAAGCGCAUCGAAUUGUGUGAAC